AUGUCCCUCCCAACAUCUCCUCUAGACAAAUCUCUACCAUCACUUCCUCCCUUGAGUCCUCUCAGAUCUCUCUCUCCAAUCCGUCCCAGAAGCCCAUUCACAUCGCCCCCUCCGUUCCAGCCUCUACCCGCAACACCUCCAAUCCCCCCCAGAGAUUCCAGAAGACUGUCUCAAAGGCCAUUUUCCCAAAACCUUUCUGAACCUAUAAUCACUCCUCGUCCCGACUCAUUCACUCUUCCACCACCUUCUCACUAUCAUAACAUCAGCCUCGCCAAUCCCCAUCUCCUCGAUCUCGACAGUCUCCAUCUUCUUACCGACGAGGGCUUCUAUCACGUCGCAUUCUACCCCGCUCAGGGCUCAUCCCCCCCUCGGAUCCAGUACUGGCUCCGCGCAGAGGACGUUCUGGUAGGUCUUCCGGGAAAGGAUCGCGUUCCUUCGGGACACUGGACGAGGCUUGUGCAGCUCGCGCAAGAAACGAACGUCGGGCAGAUUGGCAGUCAAAAAUCACAAACAGAUUCGGAACAAAAGGGCCCAAAGGUUCAAGAAGUGAGGCUCUUAACGGCACUGUAUAGUCCUGGACAGGAAGAGGACACGAUGAUGGACGUCGUGGACUCAAAAGAACAAACUGCGCCAUUCGGAGAAAGUCACCUUGGCAGGUAG